AUGUCCCAGCUUGUGGAACCUAAAACAGGAAAGGAAGAUGAUGUCACCUACGCUACAGUGAAGUUUGGAGAAGCUCCGAGCCUCCAGCAAGCAGCAUCCAGCAGCACAGCAGACCCCACUGCUGGUAAAACUUCUCCAUACAGAUGGGCUGCAUUGGUCCUGGCAGGGCUGUGUGCUCUCUCAGUGGCUGCCGUUAUAUUCCUCUCAGUCUACAUUUCUAACUUGACGGUGGAGAGAAAACAAAUCCAAUCCCGGUAUUCAGAACUGGAGAAGAACUACAGCAACAUCUCAGAGAAAUACUCAGCACUGGACCAGUACUGUCCCGUCACAGACACUUCUUCCAAGGAGCGAGUUUGUAAAGCCUGUCCACAGAACUGGGAGCUGUUCAAUGGCAAGUGUUACUACUUCUCCACUGAUAGAAUGAACAGGAACUCCAGCCGUGAUAACUGCACAUCACUGGGGGGGCACCUGGUGAUUAUAGAGAGUGAUGGAGAGCAGAAAUUCCUAUCUAAGAAGGCCUGGAGCAUCAGACAUAAUGUAACGAAGGAAGAUGAGAAAUCCCACUGGAUUGGCCUGACUGAUGCUGUUACUGAAGGAACCUGGCUCUGGGUGGAUGGCAAUCCUCUCAUUGGCAAUGUCAAAGCAAAAUUCUGGGCCACCAGGACAGUGGAUCAUGGUAAAGAGCCUGAUAACUAUGACAAAGUGGACCGAUCUGGUGAAGACUGUGCACAACUACAACCAAAGGGGAAUUCCCAUGAGACUUGGUUUGAUUCCUCGUGCACACAACAAUAUAAAAGGAUUUGUGAAACUAAGGCAGUGAUAGCUUAAUAAGAGGAUAAUCAGGACAAUAGGAAGCUAAGAUUACUGAAGCACAAAGAGAGACUAGAAAGAAUAGAAGAAACUCAGUUCAGAUAGACAAGCAUGCAGGUCACCCCCCAACAUUACCAUACUAACUGUUUGAUUCCCUGGCUGUCUGUCUGUUUAGUUCACAGAAGCCAGAAAGCUUGCAUUGUUACUGUUAAAGUAGAGUGCACACACAAUAGGCCAAACUCUGGAAGAAUG